AACAUUUGCAGGGAGAGAAUACCCUUUUUGGACACAGUGGUCGGGGUAAGGCUCACGCUGCAGGCUUUAACACGGAUUUUCCUCAGAGAAGCAAGAACACCACUGAGGGAGAGGAAUGGAGCGCCUGGCCUCCUUCAGUAAUGACCCUUUUGAUAAGCCUCCGUGCCGAGGUUGCUCUUCGUACCUCACAGAACCCUACGUUAAAUGUGCUGAGUGUGGGCCUCCUCCCUUCCUCCUGUGUUUGCAGUGUUUCACACGAGGAUUUGAAUACAAGAAACAUCAAAGUGAUCAUACUUACGAGAUAAUGACGUCCGAUUUCCCUGUCUUGGAUCCUAACUGGACAGCUCAAGAGGAAAUGGCUCUCCUAGAAGCUGUGAUGGACUGCGGAUUUGGAAACUGGCAGGACGUCGCCAACCAGAUGUGUACAAAAUCCAAGGAGGAGUGUGAGAAACAUUAUAUGAAACACUUCAUCAACAAUCCCUUGUUUGCAUCUACGUUACUGAACCUGAAGCAGGCGGAGGAGGCGCAGCACAAUGAAACAGCCAUUCCGUUCCACCCUGCUGAUGAUCCCCCACGGCCUACUUUUGACUCCUUGCUCUCCAGGGAUAUGGCUGGGUACAUGCCAGCAAGAGCUGACUUUGUUGAGGAGUUUGACAACUAUGCUGAAUGGGAUUUGAGAGAUAUUGAUUUUGUAGAAGAUGAUUCAGACUUAUUGCAUGCUCUGAAGAUUGCAGUUGUAGAUAUUUAUCAUUCCAGGUUAAAGGAAAGACAGAGAAGAAAAAAAAUUAUAAGAGAUCAUGGCCUUAUCAACCUCAGAAAAUUUCAAAUUUUGGAAAGGCGAUAUCCAAAGGAGGUUCAAGACCUUUAUGAAACAAUGCGACGAUUUGCACGAAUCCUUGGACCGGUAGAGCAUGAUAAGUUCAUUGAAAGCCACGCAUUGGAAUUUGAGCUGCGAAGGGAAAUAAAGCGACUACAGGAAUACAGAGCAGCCGGAAUCACCAAUUUCUGUAGUGCGAGAACAUACGAUCACCUUAAGAAGACAAGAGACGAGGAACGCCUGAAGCGCACUAUGCUCUCCGAAGUCCUGCAGUACAUCCAGGACAGCAGCGCCUGCCAGCAGUGGCUCAGUCGACAAGCUGAUAUUGAUUCCGGCCUGAGUCCCAUGGUACCAGUUCCUUCAAAUUCAGGCAGACGGAGUGCCCCACCACUGAACCUCACAGGUCUCCCAGGGACAGAGAAACUUAACGAGAAGGAGAAGGAGCUCUGUCAGAUGGUGAGGUUGGUCCCUGGAGCCUAUUUAGAAUAUAAAGCUGCUUUAGUGAACGAGUGUAACAAACAAGGAGGCCUGAGACUGGCGCAGGCUAGAGCACUCAUCAAGAUCGAUGUGAACAAAACCAGGAAAAUCUAUGACUUCCUUAUCAGAGAAGGGUACAUCACAAAGGCCUGAGGACAGACAUCACCUCUUUGGCUGGAGCAGACAGAUGUGGAGAAGCUUUGAAGUCACUUUGACAGUGCUGAAAGAUUUUAGGUGUUGAAUGAAGGACAUUUCCUUUUGUUUAAAAUCUUUGGGGGCUUUUUUUUUUUUUUGUAAAAACAAGUAAGGAGCUUUGUUAAAUUGUGUGAACGGUGACAUUGCUUUGUCUGGUUUCCUUUUGACUCUGCUGUUUUAACGCUGCUGUCAGAAUUACGCUGCCACGUAGCGCUG